AUGAUAGAACUUUUUGCCAUUUUUGGUAAAGGCGGCUUGGUGCUUUGGUGCUUUAAGGAAGGCGAGAAUCUUUUUAAAGAAGCUGUUAAUAAUCUUAUUAGCGAUGUGUUGCUUCAAGUAAGUUUUAAUUACAAGUUGGAGAUGUAUAUAUUUGUUUUUAGCAAAGAAAUGUUGGAGUUUUCAAGUGGGAAGACGUUUCCAUCAAGUAUAAGCUGGACAACGAGUUUGAUUUGGUAUUCUUGGUAUGUUUUAGUUAUUUUUAUGUUUCAUUAUUUAGGUACCUUAGUUUAUAUUUGUAUUUUGCAAGAAAUUGAAAGCUUAUGAGGGAUUUUUAAUGGCUAAAAGGCUUGAUGUUGUUUUAGGCAUACAUCUAGUCAGGAUUUUUUAAUUUUCACAGGGUUUUUGGUGUUUCUUGGGUAACAUGAUUAGACAAAACUUUUUUACAGAUUAUAUCCUUGUUUUUAACAAGAACAAAAUCAUGAUAAACGUUAUUAUUAAUUUUGUGCUGAUUAAUGUUAUGUUAGGCAUAUCUCUAAAGAUAAUCUUAAAAUUUUAGGUAGUAUAUCAAAGUGUAAUUCAAAUGUCAUAUGCAGACAAGUUACUGACUGAAGUGAAUUUGCGUUUCCGAGAUCUUUAUAAGAAUAUACUGGUUAGCGAUGGAAUGUUAAUAAAAGGACCAAAAACAUUCGCUGGAUUUAACAAGGAGUUUCCGAAGUAAGUUUUUGCUUUUGCUUUUUCUUUAAUUUUGUUUUAGGUGUUUAUUAUUUAUAAACUUGUGAAAGAGGGCAUACAGGUCGUUUUGAAGGAAUAAUUGGCCUGUUUUAGGAUCCUCCAACAAGUUGAGGAAGAAAACGUCAAAGCUGGUAACAAAAAGCCGAAAACUUAUCAAGAAUCGGAAAAAUCAAAGAAAACUGUGGCUUCGUUGAUUGAAAAACCUGGAAAUAAGACUGAGGAAGCUAAGGCCAAGAAGAAGUAAGUGUUUUUGCUUAAUUUGGAGGUCAAAACGCAUGAAAAACAUUAAGAAUAUACUAUAAUAUUAUCUUAUAUUUGAUUUGUUUGUUUUUGUUUGAAUAAUAGGUUGCCUUAAUGUUUUAGAAGUGCCAGUUAAGGAUCACAGUUAAAAAUAUUGUUUUUUAAGACAUAAUUAUGCAUUUUAAGGCAAGUUGAAGCAUCUCCAGGCUCUCCGAGAUCUGGAUUGUCUGAUGAAGACGAUGAUGUCUUGAAGAACCGUGAAGCUUUCUUUAAUCGUCAGAAGAAGGGGUAAGUGAAUUUUUUUGUAAUAUUGUUGGUUUUUAGGUAACAAAUAAAUGAAGAGCUCUAUAAAUUUAAGUUUUAACAAAAUUGCUAUAUUUUAACUUUUAGGUAAUAAAUCCAAUAAUUUUUACGUAUUUUAGAACUGAAAAGACCCCAGACAAGCCAAAGCCCGGAGGCAAGAAAGGAAAAACUGCUAGAAAGUGGGAUUUGUCCGGUGGAAAGCAAGAUCAAGCUGUUCUGGAUUAUAGUAGUCCAGCUCCUGAAAAUGGCCAGAGAGCUCGAGAAGAUGUUGAGGGUGAUAGUAUCUAUAUGGAGAAUGUAAGGUUUUAAAAUUUUUUUGAAAUUUUAGGUUAAAAGAGUAUCAAAGGAGCUGUGAUGGGUAGCUUUUUAAGUUUUAGAAGCCCUUUAGCUAAAAUUAUAUUGUUUUAGGUAAAAAUGGUAGGAAAAUUCAAAGGCGACCUACCUGGACUGGAUGAAAGUCAAGUUGAAGAGCUAUUGGAUGAAGAUGAGGUGAAGGCUCAACCAGAAAAGAAGGGAUGGUUAUCAUCCUUAACAUCGCUGGUUUCUAAUAAGAAAUUGGAAGAAAAGGAUGUUGAAGCUGUUUUGGAGAACUUGAAAACGGCUCUCAUUCGUAGGUUUUUGAAAUUUUAACUAUUUUUUGAUUUGUAAAGAAAGUUUUUGUUAUUUUUGGCUUUGUAAAGAAAGUUUUUGCAUUUUAUGUUUUGUAAAGAAAGUUCUUGCCAUUUGUUGUUUUUUAAAGAAAGUUCUUGAAAUAUUUUAAAUUUGGACCAUCUAUAACAAUAUAUUUUAGAAAAGAACGUAGCUGCAGAGCCGGCCGAGAAGAUUUGCGAGUCAGUUGGAGCUAAAUUGACCGGUAAAGUGGUCAGUUCCUUCAGCCGGGUCCAAACCAUUGUCCGAGAAGCCAUGCGCGAGUCCCUAGUACAACUCCUGACUCCAAAACGACGUGUCGACAUUCUUCGUGAUAUUAUCCAUGCCAAAUCCGAACAUCGCCCAUACGUAAUUGUCUUCUGCGGUGUAAACGGAGUAGGUAAAUCGACCAAUCUGGCCAAGAUCACGUUCUGGCUGAACGAAAACGGCCACAACGUUCUGAUCGCGGCCGGUGACACAUUCAGAGCUGGUGCGGUGGAACAGCUUCGAACUCACUGUAAAUACCUGAACAAUUUACAUCCGGAGAGUGUACAGCUAUACGAACAAGGCUAUGGUGGAGACUCGGCCAAGUUGGCCAAAGCGGCGAUUCAAAUCGCUCAAGAGAGGAAGAUCGAUGUUGUUCUAGUGGAUACGGCCGGAAGAAUGCAGGAUAAUGCACCGUUGAUGGCGGCUCUGAGUAGUGUAAGUUUUUGAAGAUGAGGGUCGUUUUAAAAAUGGCAGUGUUGAGAAAGGGUGGGGUUAAAAAUGACAGUUUGAUGGAAGUUAUGGGUUAAAAAUUCGGUAAAAAUGGCUUUCAUCUACUGUAAUAUCUGAAAAAAUUUCAGUUGAUCCACACCAACAACCCAGAUAUGGUCCUGUUCGUUGGUGAAGCCCUGGUCGGAAACGAAGCCGUCGACCAGUUGGUAAAGUUUAAUCAAGCUUUGGCUGAUCACAGUGCAGUUAGAGAGAACCCAAGAUUGAUUGAUGGAAUCGUUUUGACCAAGUUUGACACCAUUGAUGAUAAGGUAAGGGUUUUGGGGGUUGGAAAGGAAUUUUUUAAGUUUUUUGGGUUUGUAAAGAAAGUUCUUGUCAUUUUAUCUUUUGUAAAGAAAGUUCUUGCCAUUUUUUAUUUUGGAAAGAAAGUUCUCGCCAUUUUUGUUCUGUAAAGAAAGUUCUUGCCAUUUUUUGUUCUGUAAAGAAAGUUCUUGCCAUUUUUUUUGGAAAGAAAGUUCUUGCUAUUUUUGGUUUUGUAAAGAAAGUUUGCCAUUUUGUGCCUUGUAAAGAAAGUUCUUUUCAUUUUUGAUUUACUAUAAUAUAAUUUUUAAGGUCGGUGCCGCAGUAUCCAUGACCUACAUAACCGGACAGCCGAUUGUAUUCGUCGGCACAGGCCAAACCUACACUGACCUGAAGAGUCUCAACGCUAAUGCCGUUGUCAACUCACUACUAAAAUAA